AAGAUGCAUCGUUUAUGAUUUAAUAACGUUUCGUUAUUGAGUUGUUGAUCCCGGAAGAUCGAAUGUGUGAUUCUUAUAUACUGUCUAUGGAUUCUUUCCAACUUUACCGACGUGAUUUCCAGUCAGUCUUGCAUAGGCUACGUCAUGCGCAGUGUUGCUUCAACUUGAGUUUUUAACUUUCACUUUUGAUCUUAGUUUGAAGUACAGCUGCUCCGUGUGUUCUCCUGUUGUCUCUUUUCUCACUUCGACAGGAAAUAAAACCGGCAACAAAAUACAGAAGAGGUAGUAACGCUAGGUCAUGGCUGACUUGUGCGAUACCCGCCCGAUGAACGGCCAGACGGACGGUGGUCUGGAAGAGGACGCCAGCGGGUUGGAGGAGGCCAGGAAAGAGCUGGAGACAUGGAAGGCUAAAGCAGAGCAAGCUGAUGAUAAGAAAGCCAGGCUGUUAUUGGAAAAACUGGAAGAAGAUGAGGCCAAGGCGAAGGCCCAGGUGGAGAUGAUGGCUUACGUUAAAAAGCAGGAGGAGUGUCAGAAGGACUUCAGUCAAAGCAUGGACGCAUUGCAGGACCAGAUCCAGCAGCUGGCUCGCCGCAAAAAGGACCUGCAGGACAAACUGAAGAGAUGUCAGGAUCAGCUGGAGGCCAGGAGGGUCGAGUCCACCAAACUGAAGCAGAAGUUCAAGAUCUACGCUCAGAUCCCAGACACGGAGGUGAAGUUCAGCAGUCCGGUUGAAGAGGAAGAGGAUGGCGACAGCCGGCCAAUCAGAGCAGUGUUUGCCAUCAGCCAGAGAGCCGGCGUGCUGCUGCAUGGAGGACAGGCGCUCAUCACCUUCGAGGAGGAGAGAGUGGCCUCCCAGGUCCUGAAGAUCCCCAAGUGCUCUGUGUCCUGCGAGGACACGACUGUGGACGUGAAACCAAAAAGAAUAACCAUGGAUCCUGCUGUUAAGUUUGAGGUGCACCUCGAUGUGUCCAGAAAGGAGCUGAAGCUGUCCAACGUCCCCUCCUCCAUGCCGGAGGAGAGGGUAGCGGACCGGCUGGAGCUGAGCUUCUCCAGGCCCAGCAGAGGAGGAGGAGAGGUGGAGAGGGUGGAGUACGAUAAGAACACGGGGACAGGACGGAUCACCUUUCUCUGCCCUGGAGUGGCUGACAGCCUGGCCCUGAAAGGAAGUUACCAUGUGGAUCUGGAUCCGGAGGUGACGGUCCAGAUCGGCCCCAGUUACAGUUACCAGCUGCGCAAGUUUCAGACCUUCUGCGGCGCUCCGAAGCGCACCAUCCUCCUGGAUGACAUCGAGGACAAGGAGGACGAGGAGGACCUGCAGGACCACCUGGAGAUCCACUUCCAGAAGCCCAGCAACUACGGCGGGGAGAUCGAGAGCAUCAAGUACAUCAGCCGGGGGAAGAAGGCUCUGCACGCCCUGUUCAGCGACGGCCGCCUCUAGCCUGGAGCCUGUGUAAUGGCAAUAAAGAUAUAUUCUAUUCUAUAUAUUCUAUAUUCUAGCCCGCUGCAGCUGCUGGCAAGCCAUUGGCUCCUGACAUUGUUUGUAAUAUGGUAGUGUAUGGAUAUGUUAUAGGAAUUAAAUGCGCUGUCCUGCUGGGAAUGAAAUGAGAUGUCCAUCUCUAUGUCUUUGAUCCUAUGGGUUGAUUCUAUGUCUUUGAUUCUAUGGGUUUGAUUCUAUGUGUAUAUUCCAGCCAGGCACUGAUCUGUGACCUGUAGGAUUGUCCAGCCAGUCUGAUCUUAUUGUAGACCCGGCCUGAGUUUGGUUGCAGCUGGCCGCUGCUGAGUCAUGUGAUCAUACCCAGAUGUUCCCACUCUGUUCACCUGUUUCUCUUCCACUGUACACUGAGCUCAUUAAAGGUCUGACUCAA